AUGGCAGCAGAAGAAGAUCAAGACGAUUUGGCGGCCCUAGAGGCCUCCAGUCCCUCUUCUCCUAUAGAAGGGGGGGAGGACCCUGCUGCUGCUGCUGCUGCUGCUGCAGCAGCAGGAGGAGGAGGAGGUGGUGGUAUACAACAACAAGGUCCUGCAGCAGCAGCAGCUGCUGCUGCAGGAGGAGGAGGAGGAGCAGCAGCAGUUAACAAGCUGCAGCAGCAAAGAGGAGACUGGUAUGCUGCAGCGCAGCAGCGGAACCGUGCAGCUGCUGCAGUCUCGGGUGUAUCUGCAGCUCCCCUCUUUGUGUCUGGUGGUGCCCUACACUCUACUAGUACAAAAAAUAAGCAAGUGUUUCUCCCCCCAACGUUGUCUGCUGCUGCUGCUGCUCCUUCUGCUCCUACUACUGCAGCAGCAGCAGCAGCAGGAGCAGCAGGAGCAGCAGCAGCAGGAGGUACUGCAGCAAAAACAGCAGCAACAGGUGUUGUUAAUAAACAACAACACAUAGACACAUCAUUUUCUUCCUCUUCUUCAGCAGCAGCAGGAAAAACAACAACAACAGCAGCAGCAGCAGCAGGAGCAGCAGGAGGAACAGCAGCAGCAACAGCAGCAGCAGCAGCAGGAGAAGAAGAAGAAGGAGAGAAUUUAGGUGUAUACUUGUCUCCAUCAACAAGAAUAUGUUGCCGUAAUAUAACAGAAUUUACUCAUCUAUUUAUACAACAAAAAGGAGACAAUAAAGGAGACAAAGAAGGAGGAGGAGGAGGAGGAGGAGGAGGAGAGAAGAAAGGAGAUAAUAAUAAUAAGGAAUAUAUAAUAUGUUUACCCUUAUUAUAUAAGAAAAUAAAUAAGGAAAAAAUUAUUAUAGGAAGAGGGGAGACAGUAGAUCUAUUUAUUAAUCAUGUUAGUUGCUCACGUAUACAUUGUUGUAUAAAAAGAGUCCCUAAACAGCAGCAGCAGCAGCAGCAGCAGCAGCAGCAGCAGCAGCAGCAGCAGCAGCAGCAGCAGCAGCAGCAGAUGCAGCAUUUGCAGCAGCAACAAGUACAUCAUAUAAUACCUCAAAAUAACCGCAAUGAACAGCAGCAGGAGAAUCUACUACUACUGCAGCAGGAGCAGCAGGAGCAGGAGCAGGAGCAGCAAGAAGAAGAAGAAUAUAAUUAUUAUAUAGAAGAUUUAAAUAGUUUACAUGGUACAUUUAUUAAUGGUGGAGAGGAGGAGGAGGAGACAGGGGAGGAGGAGGAGACAGGGGAGGAGGAGACGGGUAUAGGGGAGGAGGAGGAGACAGGGGAGGAGGAGGAGACGGGUAUUAUAGGGGAGGAGGAGGAGACGGGUAUUAUAGGGGAGGAGGAGACGGGUAUUAUAGGGGAGGAGGAGACGGGUAUUAUAGAGGAGGAGGAGGAGGAGAUGGGUAUAGGGGAGGAGGAGGAGACGGGUAUAGGGGAGGAGGAGGAGACGGGUAUAGGGGAGGAGGAGACGGGUAUAGGGGAGGAGACAGGGGAGGGGACGGGUAUAGAGGAGGAGACAGGGGAGGAGACGGGUAUAGAGGAGGAGAUAGGUAUAGAGGAGGAGACAGUUAUUAUAGAGGAGACAAUUAUGCAGGACAAGGAGGAGACAAUUAUGCAGGACAAGGAGGAGACAGUUACUAUAGAGGAGGAGGAGGAGGAGGAGACAGUUACUAUAGAGGAGGAGGAGGAGGAGGAGGAGGAGGAGACAGUUCAUGGCAAUGGGGAGGAGAAGGAGGGGAAGGAGGUGUCUCCUCAUGGGGUAAAUCUCAUUAUAAGAGAGACAGGGAAGGGAGACACUUUAGCAGCAGCAGCAGCAGCAACUAUUCUUAUGGAGGAGACACAGCAGCAGCAGCAACAGGAGCUAAUUGUCUCCCUUUAG